AGCACCUGUAGUCCGCCAUUUGUCACGUCGUCCGACGUCUUCUCACACUCACACGCGAUGGAGGAGCGCAAGUUCAAUAAAGAGCUCGACAAAUGGAUCGAACAACUGUACGACUGCAAACAACUCGGCGAAGAGCACGUGAAGACGCUGUGCGACAAGGCGCGCGAGAUUCUGUCGUCGGAGUCGAACGUACAGAACGUCAAAUGCCCGGUCACCGUCUGUGGCGACGUGCACGGACAGUUUCACGAUCUGAUGGAGUUGUUUCGAAUCGGCGGCCGCUCUCCGGACACAAAUUACCUUUUUAUGGGCGACUAUGUCGACCGCGGCUAUUACUCAGUCGAGACGGUCACUCUGCUGGUGGCCAUCAAGGUCCGAUAUCGUCAUAGAAUUACGAUCCUGCGUGGCAAUCACGAAAGCAGGCAGAUCACGCAGGUUUAUGGAUUCUAUGACGAGUGUUUGAGGAAGUACGGCAAUGCCAACGUGUGGAAGUACUUCACGGAUCUGUUCGAUUAUUUGCCAUUGACCGCUCUCAUCGAUGGUCAAAUAUUCUGCCUUCAUGGUGGAUUGUCGCCGUCGAUUGAUACUCUUGAUCACAUCCGGGCUCUUGAUCGCAUGCAGGAGGUACCGCACGAGGGUCCGAUGUGCGAUCUCCUCUGGUCGGAUCCAGACGACCGAGGUGGUUGGGGCAUUUCGCCUCGUGGUGCUGGCUACACGUUUGGGCAGGAUAUUUCCGAGACGUUCAAUCACAACAAUGGGUUGACGUUAAUAUCGAGAGCUCAUCAGCUAGUAAUGGAGGGCUACAACUGGUCUCAUGAACGCAAUGUAGUCACAAUUUUCAGUGCUCCCAACUAUUGUUAUCGUUGUGGUAACCAGGCAGCUCUCAUGGAGCUGGAUGAUGGGCUCAAAUACACAUUCCUACAGUUCGACCCUGCGCCAAGACGGGGAGAACCUCAUGUGACACGUCGUACACCUGACUACUUCCUUUGAAGACAGAUGUAACAGACUGAGUUUUUAGAUUAUUGCUGUAUUGUGGACUUGUCGAGCCAAGACAGUGUGUGGGUGUGUGGGUGUGUUAUUGUGUGUACGCAGAGUUUGAUGUAGCUUUGAAUUACAUUGUGUAUUAUUGAAUAUAUAAAAUAUGAAACUGUCCA